AGAAAGAUGAGGAAGGGAGAAGAAAACUUCAGAAAUGACUUAAUUUCCUCCAGGAUAAGGACAAAUAAGAUCUGUACCAUGAAACAGUAUUGCUGAGAAAUGACAAAUUACACAUAUGAUUUAUGUUUUCUUUGGCUUUUAUUUGACAUUUUUGUAAAUGUGCUUGCUAAUCAAAGAAUUAUAAGCAUAAGAUCUGUCUUAGAUAUUUCCUGUAGCUGCCUCCUCAUAAGAUGUCAGAGGCACUGCUAUUAACAACUGGCCAAUAAGGAAAAGAAGGAAGUGCGUGUGAGCUGCUUGCUGGGUGUUUGCAUCCAGGUUCCAGGGCCAGCUUCUUGCGACACUUCUCUCUUCAGGUGGAAUCGCUCUUGACUUGGCACAAGGCAGUGAUGAGGAAUCACACAGCAAUAACCACAUUCAUCCUGCUGGGAUUGACAGAUGACCCAAAACUACAAGUCUUGCUCUUUGUAUUUUUGUUUAUCACCUACCUAUUGAGUGUGGCUGGGAACCUCACCAUUAUCACCCUCACACUGUGGGAUUCACAUCUUAAAACUCCCAUGUAUUUUUUUCUCCGAAAUUUCUCUCUCUUAGAAGUUUCAUUUACUACUGUCUGUAUCCCCAGAUUCCUGUAUGCUCUGAUAUCUGGAGAUAAUACAGUUACUUAUAAUGCUUGUGCCACCCAGUUAUUUUUCAUUGUCCUCUUUGCUGCAACAGAAUUUUUUCUCCUUGCCACCAUGUCCUAUGACCGCUAUGUGGCCAUCUGUAAGCCCCUGCAUUACAUGACCAUCAUGAACAACAGAGUCUGCACUGCAUUCGUUCUCUGCUGUUGGAUUGCAGGCCUGUUAAUUAUCCUCCCACCCCUUGCCAUGGGCCUCCAGCUGGAAUUCUGUGACUCAAAUGUGAUUGAUCAUUUUGGCUGUGAUACAUCUCCUAUUUUACAGAUAACCUGCUCAGACACAGUGUUCAUAGAGAAAAUUGCCUUGAGUUUUGCUGUGGUGACACUUAUUAUUACCUUGGUGUGUGUCGUCCUCUCCUACACAUACAUCAUCAAGACCAUUCUCAGAUUCCCUUCUGCCCAGCAAAGGAAGAAAGCCUUUUCCACCUGCUCCUCCCACAUGGUUGUGGUUUCCAUCAGUUAUGGCAGCUGCAUCUUCAUCUACAUCAAGCCCUCGGCAAAGGAAGGAGUAGCUAUUAAUAAAGUGGUGUCUGUGCUCACUACAUCCUUUGCCCCUUUGCUUAAUCCAUUCAUUUAUACACUCCGAAACAAACAAGUGAAAGAUGCCUUCAAAGACAUGGUAAAACAGAUUGGAUUUCUCACAAAGAAGUAG